UGUAGUCAUCACGACUUCGUCGAUGCUGACACUGACAGCAGCGUUAACAUGGCGAUGAAGGCAAUCAAGGGAAUGGUUGGCGGUGCCAUAAACGAAUUUUCUACAGCUGUUGGAGGUUCAAAAACGGCAGCUUUUCGUGAACAUGCGCUCGCCGUGAAUCGAGACUAUAUUUCUCAGCCACGACUAACAUACAAGACAGUCUCUGGAGUGAAUGGUCCUCUGGUGAUAUUGGAUAAUGUUAAGUUCCCUAGGUAUGCAGAGAUUGUGCAUCUCACCCUCCCUGAUGGGACCAAGAGGAGUGGGCAGGUGCUGGAGGUUACAGGAUCAAAGGCUGUCGUGCAGGUAUUUGAGGGAACCUCUGGUAUUGAUGCCAAGAAGACCAGUUGUGAGUUUACCGGUGACAUCCUGCGCACACCAGUGUCGGAGGAUAUGCUUGGUCGGGUGUUCAAUGGGUCAGGCAAGCCCAUCGACCGUGGCCCUGCAGUCAUGGCAGAAGAUUACUUAGAUAUCAUGGGCCAGCCCAUCAACCCUCAGUGCCGUAUCUAUCCCGAGGAGAUGAUCCAGACGGGUAUCUCUGCUAUUGAUGGCAUGAACAGCAUCGCCCGUGGACAGAAGAUCCCAAUCUUCUCAGCCGCUGGCCUGCCCCACAACGAGAUUGCUGCCCAGAUCUGUCGUCAGGCUGGGCUUGUGAAGAAAUCCAAAGAUGUGAUGGACUACAGUGAAGAGAACUUUGCCAUUGUGUUUGCUGCCAUGGGGGUCAACAUGGAGACUGCCAGAUUUUUCAAGUCUGACUUUGAGGAGAAUGGCUCCAUGGACAAUGUUUGCCUCUUCUUAAAUCUGGCUAAUGACCCCACGAUCGAGCGCAUCAUCACUCCACGCUUGGCACUGACCUCAGCCGAGUUCUUGGCCUACCAGUGUGAGAAACACGUCCUGGUCAUCCUGACCGACAUGAGCUCCUACGCCGAGGCCUUACGUGAGGUGUCUGCGGCCAGAGAGGAGGUGCCAGGCAGGAGGGGUUUCCCCGGCUACAUGUACACAGAUCUGGCCACCAUCUACGAGCGAGCCGGACGCGUGGAGGGACGCAACGGCUCCAUCACGCAGAUCCCUAUUCUCACCAUGCCAAACGACGAUAUCACGCAUCCCAUCCCUGAUUUGACUGGCUACAUCACAGAGGGUCAGAUCUAUGUGGACAGGCAGCUGCACAACAGACAGAUCUAUCCUCCUAUCAAUGUGCUUCCCUCUCUUUCUCGACUGAUGAAGUCCGCCAUUGGCGAAGGAAUGACACGCAAAGAUCAUGCUGAUGUGUCAAAUCAGCUGUAUGCCUGCUAUGCCAUCGGGAAAGAUGUGCAGGCUAUGAAGGCUGUGGUGGGAGAGGAGGCACUGACUGCUGACGACUUGCUUUACCUGGAGUUCCUGCAGAAAUUUGAAAAGAACUUCAUUGCUCAGGGGGCCUAUGAGAACCGCACUGUGUAUGAGACGCUGGACAUUGGCUGGCAGCUGAUGAGGAUCUUCCCCAAGGAGAUGCUGAAGAGGAUCCCUCAGAGCACUUUGGCCGAGUUCUACCCUCGUGACUCCAAGCAUUAACCCCACUCCCUCUCCCUCCAGUAUCCCCAUCUCCCGUUCCUGACCCCCCCCCCCCCACACACACACACACACACACACACACACACAAUCACACUGGUCCUUUCUCUUGUCUGUCUCCUCCCCCCUGAUGCUGUAUUGCUUGAGACCUGCUGCUCUUCUCUGCUCUGUUCUUGUGUCAGUGGUUGCCGUCAUUAGUAGUUUGCUGGGAAACGUGCACGCGUGCUGCUGCGCCUGCCUUUUGAGUUUGAUGUGCAGUCCCCCCAACUGUGCCGCACACUUUGAUCAUACAUUAAAGGAGUGGUGGUAGGGCUCCCUGUACAUGGAGCUAGCUGUGAGCAGGCAGUUGAGUUACUGUAUGCAUGUUGUUGGCAUAGGGCACCGGAAAGCUCUGAUGGCUCUGUCCUUCCUGAAGGAUCCUCAGGGGCCCAAGGUUAAGUGUGCUACCAGUUAAGAACGGCUAUCAUUCCUCUACUGAGUGUGUACCUGUCUGUUACAGCGUAUAGAAUAACCUACAAGGCAAACAGAAAGUAAAUGCCAUAAGUCAUCAGUGUCAUCACUCAUAGUAUGUAUUGGAGCCUCCAGAGCAAGUGUGACCCCUUGGUGUGAAUGGGACAGAUUGUUAAGUGUACUAUUAAUGUAUUGAUCUUUCCACAUUCUGUAAUAUGUUCUCAUACUACAAUGUCAAAAAUGUGGCAAAUAUUAUUACAGAUAUUUAAGAUUAAAGAUAAAAUGUGAGAAAGCUCUGUUUCAGAAAUCAAAUAUAUCUAGUCAGUGUAGACUGAAAAUGAUUUAUUUAUAAAGUUUAUUUUUAUGUUGCAUCAAUGUUGAAUGCCUCUGCAUUUUCCUGUAGUUCUAUGAAUGUAAUUUUGCUAUUUUGUCAUUUUUUGUUAUUGUCAUGUUUCUUUUUCAAAGCCUGGCUCUCAUGUUUAAAUACUUCUCAUAUGGGCUGUUCUUAACAAAAUUAAGAACAGCCCACAUGAGAAAUAUUACUGUAUAUGAAAGUUGUGGAAUGUGGAAUGCCAAUAAGGUGGAAUCCUGGUGUUAUGCAGUUUUAUUUGCCAAGCGACCUUCAUAUUUUUUUAUAUGUGCCAUGGGAUGGUAAAACAACCUUUCUUCCAAAUGUAGUGUGGUAAUGUGUGUACUGAUAUUUAAAGUGAAUCCCAACAGAUGUCUUCAUAUGAAGAUCAUCCUCUUUUCUGUGUCUUUUAUGUGUAUGUGUAAGUUGUGUUUCUUUGUCAUUGCAUGCAGAUUAUGUUGUUCACAUCGAUGCAAGGUGUCUGUACAGUUGAUUAAAUGUGAGUAUGACUCAAAAUUUGUUCUGUGAUUUAUAUGUGAGAGUCCAGAAUGCAGUUAAAUCAGUAUAUCAUGUGCAUUUACUACAUAUAUGUAAUGAAAUGAAAGAAAUGAAAAGCUACCAUUUAAAGUCCAGGGGAAUGUCCUCUGAUAUACGGAUGCAUCUAAAAAAAUUAGAAUAUCAUGGAAGAGUUCAUGUUUUUCUGUAAUUUAUUUCAAAAAGCGACAAUGUCAUAUAAUCUAGAUUCAUUAAACAUGUGAAAUAUU